AUGAAAUUAGCUACUUACCAUUCAAAGUAGAAGCUGUUCACUAAAUUUGCAGCAAUAUUUAUCGCUUUAUCUUUACUAAAAGUUGAUCAAAUUAACUCCUAUGUUCUUCCUUAGUAUAGAUGUAGCGCAAGAGGAGCAAGUUCAAUAGUGAUAUCUGACAAUCAAUACACAUCAGGAGAAUUCGAAUUCAAAAUAAAACCUGCUAUGAUCAAUGGUAUUGUCACUGCAUUCGGAUUGGCUGAUGAUGGAUCAAAUCCUUAAAGCUAAUUUAUUCAACUACUUUUUGAUAAUAGCACAUAUGGAAAUAGAGUUUUUAACCUCUAGGUUUAUGACUAGGCAAAUUCAUUCUUCUUAGACUAUCCAAUUGAUAUUGCAAAUUUAACUGGAAUUGAUGAUAGCUCUGUGCUUGAUGGCUCUCUCUAUAAUUUCAAAAUAGUCAAAAAGGAUAAACUAGAAGUCUACAUGGGAGUGACAACUUAUGAGCUUGUAUUCAAUUCUAAUGAAUAUUCCGAAUAAGUUGAUUCCCAGAUAGAUAAUGCACUUGCCAAUUUCCCUGAAUCUUUUAAUGUGCACAUCGGAUCAUGGUUAGAUCAGACAGCCCUGAGAGGAGAAUUUCAAUCAUUUGACCCUGAAGAUGUAUACUUCUCAUAGUUUUCUAAUUAUAAGUACACUGAUAAUGCUGGUAUCGUUAAAGAGUAGAAUGACUUUUAAGAAUCUACUUUAAAACAAUUUUCCUCAGUUUCUACUAUGUAUCCUCCAGCUUGGGCAACUUUUAGAGAAAUUUCUAGUAAUAUUCAUCAGUCAUAAAUCAAAUAUGUACCAAAAGCAGAUUCUGAGGAUUUGAUCGGGCAACUUAACUUAGUAGUGUAAUCUAACCUUUUAUCAUUUAACAAGAAUGAUUGGACUUUUGAAACAAGCCAAAAAAGUAAUGUUGAUGUGAGAUUUCCAUUUAUUAAUGCCAAUGAUGUUACCUUAUAACUUGAUAUGAAAAACAUAAAGUCUGACCAGAAUGCAAUGUUGAAAGUAAAGUUGGAAACUAUUGCCACAAGUUCAGAUUACUAGAUUGAAAUAUGUGCUAACUUUAGCAUAGAUUCUUCAUAAAAUUUAUCAUCAUGGCCUGUUAAUGCAUACAUCAUUCAAAAUGAUUACCCAUAUACAAAAGUAUCGAGCCAAUAAACUUUUAAUAUACUUUAAAAUGACGGUUGCUAUACAAUGACUUUAAUUGUUUCUGCCUACCAAAAUUCUGCUGUCUUGCAAGACCUUAAUGACUAUGCUACUUUAGUCUUAGAUUUUACCUCUAUCCUUGAUCCAGCUUAAGCUCCAUCCAUCACUACCAUUGACUUUACCAAAGGUGCAUCAAUAAAUAUCUUCAAUUUUUAUGCUGUGUCAAAUUGCUUGACUAAUGAAAUUAAGGCUAGAAGUUAGAUAAUAAUAGAUGCUGAUCCAGAAACUUAGAAAAAUAAUACUGUAAUUGUAAAUGAGUAUGUAGUUGACGACCAAGUGACUGAUCUAGACUUCAAAGAAAAAUAUCAAGUUGCUGUUGCACUUUUUACUAUCUUCUUCAUCUUAUUCUUGGCUGUCACUGCCUUUUUCAUCUUUAAAGUAUAUAAGAACAGAAAGUAAUUAGCAACAGAGUCAAAAGACCUAAAAGUGAAGGAAGCUUCUUUGAUUUUAUAAAGAAAAAGAUUAGAAGAGGCUGAUGCUCUGAUAGUUCAUAAUGAGAAGGAGAUCAAAUAAUUGGCUACCAAAAAGCACAUGGCUAUUAAUCAAAAAGCACAAGCAAUUCACCGAACACCAGAAGAAGAUGACCUCCAGGCAAUAUACAAUAUGGAUGGAUUCCUUUAAAACCAUCAAAGAAAGCAAGAUAAAUGGAACAAAGAUUAUUAGGUGUAGGAAGAACAUGAAAAUAAUGAGGACAGUGAUGAUGGCAUAGAAGAUGGAAAUAACACUGAAAUCGAGAAGGCUACUUCAAUGAGCGAAUUAAGGCAUCAAAGAACUGACAUCUCAGAGUAAAAGAAUUAAUUCAAUAGUCUAUAGAGGUAGCAACAGCAGCAGUAACCCUCGUAACUGCCCAAAGAGUAGAAGCAUCUAUAUAACUCAUCCCAGAAGAAUCUCUAGCAAAGUACUAAUAAAAAGCCCUAAGCUAUCUUGCAUGAUGACUACGAACUUGAAUUAGAAAAAGAAUAAUAGCCAUUUAAGAAGUCUGUUAGUGAACACUCUUAAGAUAAUAACUUUGAGGACCACCAUCAUGUUAGCUAGUUCUAUCCUAAGCCAAGCGAGGAAUAGAAGGAUAUUAAAUCAAACAACUAAACAGCUCAAAAGAACAGUACUAGUAAAAAUAUUAAACCAUCACUUGAGGAUGAAUAUGGUUCAGAAAAAAGAGCUUCAGAAAAUGAGAAUGAAGGAUCAUUCGAGUAUGAUGAAGAGGACUACUCUCAAGAAGAUGAUAAGUAAUGA